GAGUUGAAGCCAAAUCUCAUUUGCAUUUUAUGGGACAGAAUUGGCUUUUUUUAACACAGAAAAUAUUUUUGCCUCAGUGUUGCAUAUAUCCUGCGUACUGCCAAAGAACCAAUUUAAAUGCAUGCACACAUGCAAGUCAAGCAUCCGACAGAAAAUAAUUGGGUGUUUGGCUGUAUAUAGAUACUGUAUCAGAGUGAGUUUGAAUGAAAGAAAAGUAAAGCACAUGGAGGACAGAGGGUCAAGACUUGCAGCUCAGUCCUUUCAGUUUCACUUACUGAGUUACUCAGCAAGUGAAACUGAUUUUUUUACUCAUUCGCUGCCAGCCCUCUUAGUUAACAUGCAUUGUUGACAUGUACAGUAUAUCACUCUCAAUGACAGUGAAUUAAGACAAAGCCUUACCAAAUUUCUCUCAAAAAUUUUGAUUUUUUUUUUUUUUUAUGUGAGCUAUCGCGACGAGAUGAAUUAUUGGAUGUCAUUUUCCCUGUGCAGCCAAAAUUUAUUGUAUGAGUUUCACUUUAUGAAUUAAACGAAAUGGAACAUUUCUUCACAGUUAGUAGCUUGAGAAGCACACUUAAAUCAGUACAUUUUCUUAAAUGGUGAACACGUGUUGCGUUAAACACGAGUAUGUUGUGUCGUGUGCUUGCGCAUGCGUGUUCGUGUGUGAGUGAAAUACUGACGAUACAGUACUUUGAACUGCAGCGCUCGUGCUUGGACGAGAUUGUGCCACUGAUUGAAAGUGUACAUUUGUGUCACGACGUUCACUUACUGCUACAAAAAAGACGUAUGGCUUCUGAAGAGUUUGAUAAAAAGAACACCAUUGCCGAAUUGACAAACCAAGCUAUCCAGGAAUAUGAAGGCCUGCAAAGGAGACAUGAAGCGGCAACUAAGGAGCGAAAGAUACUGGAGGAGGAACGAGAUGAGGCAAUUAAGAGGCUCGAUGCGUUUCAACAAGUUUCCACGAUGGUCAUUGAAGAGAUCAACGCCAUUCAGGAGCAGCUGGAGAUCGAGAGGACGUGCAGAGGAAGCGCUGAAGCCCUGGCCUCCAAGUUGAACAAACAAAACCAUGCUCUGAAACGGCAAAGCAUGAUGUUGCUGUCUCAACUUAGCCCAGCGACCAUCAGGGAGAUAAACCUCGAGGAUGAAGUUGAAGAAAGUGACGAGUUAAGUGUUGCCAACUGCUUGUCAACCAUGUGCCAGACCAAAAUCUCAGAGCUGCAAAGUCAUUUGCAGUUGGUGCUGAGGGAGAAAGAUCACCUUUGUGAAAAUCUUGCAAUGCUGAAAGAACAACUUGAGGAAACCAGGCAAGAACUGCUGGAAGAAAAACGCGCUAACGGUGUUUUAAUGGACGAAACAGUGCAGCAAAAGAAGCUACUGAGAAAAUAUCACCGAGUGUCAAAGCUCGCUGUGGAGGAAUUUGAAACCUUACAGGACAACUUGAACCUGGAGCGGGACUUGAGAGAGGGGGCAGAGACCUUCGCCAGAGCGAUGGUUGUUGAGCAAAAGAUGCUGAAGAGACAGAGCCAGAUUCUGAUUCAGAGCACCACACCGAGCCACGCGCUACAGGAGGCGCUCAAUCAGGUUACAACACUGACCAAGGAUUUGGAAACCUUGAAGCAGGAGCACCAGAGCCAGAUAAAGAAACUGGAAGAGAAAUUCAGUAGCUGUGAGACGCUAAAGGAGCUGACAGCCUUGAGGUGUAAACUUGAGCUUGUAGAGGAAGAGAAGAGGGAGUGCAGUGAUGAGUCCUCCAAGGCCCAAGCGGAGGUCAAGGAUCUGAGGUUUACAGUUCAAGAACUUCAAAAGAAAUUGGAAACGGCUUCCAAUCCAUCACAUCUUCCAGUACCGCCAUGUCUACCACCACCACCACCACCACCACCACCUCCUCUUCCAACCUUAGCAGCGUUCAACCCACUCAGCUCGCUGCUGUCAUUGAUCAGAAAGAGACAAAACAGCACCGAUAUUCCACUUGUGGUCCACAAUUCUGACAAGAGAGCAGAAGUGGAUGUCAGGCAGCAGGCCGUCGAGGAAAUGAUGAACAGGAUCAAGAAAGGGGUUCAGCUUCGGCCAGUCACGCAGAGACCUACUAACAAGGGACAGAUGGCGAGGAAGCCCUCUAAAUCGGCCUUCCAGGAACUUAAAGCCAUCAUGGGGAAUCUUGACACAAGUGUUUCCUCACCAACACAAGUGUCGUCAUCAUCACCGGAUGGCGAACUGCUGAAAAUCUUGAUGAGACGCCGCGAUGUACUGGAGGGAACAAAUGCCUCUUAGGGUAUUACCGUUCCGGCGAGUUCAGAGGGCAUUCCCAGUGCUGCACCUCUUCCGCGUUAUCAUCAUCUGCCUUUAAAAGAAGUGCCACGCCAACUACUCGAAGUCAGAUUACUCAGCAUUGCUCACGAUUCUCCUACCAAGCGUUUGAUUAUUCUAAUCUAGACGCUUCAUGCCUCAUAGUUCUCUUGUUCUGGUAUUGUCUUUGCUCAAUUAAGUAGUAUUUUCGUAAUCGUGUUAAUCUCGAUUGUAUUUUGAUCAUGUAAUGAGAUUUCCUUGGCCUUUGUGACAAGUGACUUUGCGUCAUUUUUCCUUGCAUGUUGCAAGCGCUUUUUGUGUCCCGUUUACUUUUGGUUCUCGGUUACCAGCGACUUUCGUUGUACUUUGUCGAUCUUGCAUUUUUCUUUCAUAAAUCUUUUUUGGAAGUUCUUAUUCAUGUCUCUGUUUGUGGCAUCCGAUUCAAUUCCGGAGAAAUCCCGAACCCGUGAGAAGGACAUUCAAAAGCAUUUUUUUUUUGUCUUGUGUUGAGACACGUGUUUUUUAUGUGAAGAGAAAUUCUCUUACCGUGCUAACCAGUCACCCACCGUGCCGCUGGCCGACAAUCAUGUUCCUCAAAGUUAUGUUGACAAAUAAAAGCUUCCCAGUCGA